UCAAAAGCUCUUCGGGAAAAAUGGCUGGUACAGGGAAAUUCUGCUGGCUCUGCAGAAGAGGAAGAAGCCAGAAGGAGACAGUCAGAAGAGGAUGAGCUGAAGGUGAAAAAGCUGGAAGAAAACAUACACAGGCUGGAACAAGAAAUACAGAAAUUAGAAAGUGAAGAAUCCCAAAUAUCUGCCAAAGAACAAAUAAUUUUGGAGAAACUAAAGGAGACUGAGAAAUCCUUCGACAACUUGCAAAAGAGUUUCUCACACCAGGAUGGUGAUGCAGUAAAUUACAUUUACUCCCAGAUCCCUGAACUCCCAACCCUCUAUUCACGAACAGCAGAGCCAGUUCCUGGGUGGGACGGAGCAAGCAGAGUAGCUGCUCUGUGCACCAUGGAAAUUAAUGUGGAGAAAGACAAACAGACAGGAGAGACCAAGAUUGUCUCUGCUUCACCUAUUGGCCCAGAUGAGGCCCAUCAAAGAGGAUUCAAAGUCUGUGAUGAUGAUACCAAGGUAGUCUAUGAGGUUCACUCUGGUGGCACAGUGGUAGAAAACGGAGUACAUAAAUUAAGCUCAAAGGACGUAGAUGAACUUAUGCAAAAAGCUGGACAAUCAAGUGUAAAAGGAGGGUAUGAAACAAUGACUGUCUCAGACAGAAAUGCGGUAGCCGACGGAAACCUUAGCCAUACGAAGGAGCAAAUGCUCUUCAAGGAGGCAAAGCUGGAAAUGGUACACAAACACAGCAAAGGGCAUGCUGUGAACCCUCAGCCCCAAGGCAAACCCUGCAGUGGCGAAGCCCCAGAGGCCAGCACAGAUCAGCCGGUGACAAUGAUAUUUAUGGGCUACCAGAACAUCGAUGACGAAGAGGAGACAAAGAAGGUGCUGGGCUAUGACGAGACCAUUAAGGCAGAGCUGGUCCUGAUUGAUGAAGAUGACGAGAAGUCAUUGCGGGAGAAGACAGUGACAGACGUCUCCACCAUGGACGGGAAUGCUGCUGAGCUGGUCUCUGGCAGGCCCCUGUCGGACACGACAGAGCCCUCCUCUCCAGAGGGGAAGGAAGAGAGCCUGCCUUUGGAAGCUGCCCCAGGUACACAAAAGAAAAAGCGCUGUCAAUGCUGUAUUGUCAUGUGA